AUGUUUUUAUUUGAAAUUGGACAAUUCAAUCAUCAAACUCUCCAAUCUUUCAUUAAUGAUAUCGUUUUGGGCCAAGCUUUUUCACAAUUCAUUUACACCCUACCAGAAACAGUAAUUUCACGCCUCGCGCCCGGACGGACGUACGAAUUCGCGCUGGUGACGCAAAAGAUCGACGACAAAGCUCGUCGUCUCCUCUCCGAAUGGGUGGCAGUUGACGUGGCCUCAAAAGACGGUGAGUUCUGCCUCGAAGGGAGGAGGUAUCUUUCGACAAUGAUUCCUUUUUAA